AUGGAGAGUGGCAGGUGUUCAGCUGGUGUCAGAAAGGAGCAGAUGGAGAUCUUUGUGAAGACCCAGAUUGGUAGAAGCAUCACCAUCGAAGUGGAGUCCUCAACCACAAUUGACAAGAUCAAAGAAAAGGUUCAGGAAAAAGAGGGCUUUUGCCGGUACCAGCAGCGACUUAUCUUUGCUGGCAAGCAGCUUGAGGAUGAGUACACAGUUGCUGAUUACAAUAUCCAAGAGAAAUCCACAUUGCACCUUAUUUUCCGUACUCGUUGUCCUUGUGAAGAUUGUCGUCGCACGUAUAUUUACGUGAAGAUGCUCGUUGGCAAUGCCAUCACCAUUGAGGGGGAACCAUCCGACACAAUCGACAAUGUCAGAAAAAAGAUUCAUGGCCAUCAGAGGCUCGUCUUUGCUGGCAAGCAUCUUGAGGAUGGACAGACACUUGAAGAUUACAAAAUCCAAGAUGACUUUACCCUGCACCUUGAUUUUUGCAUGCGUAUUUUCAUGAAGACCAUCUCUGGUAAGACAAUCACUGUGGAGGUGGAGCCAUCUGAUACGAUCAGCGAUGUCCAGGAAAAGAUACAGAAGCACCAGAGGAUCAUCUUUGAUGGCCAACAGCUAAACGGUCAGGGCAAGCUUGCCGAUUACAACAUUCAUAAGGAGUCAACCCUGGACCUUGACCUCAGCCAUCAGGGUGGCAUGCAGGUUUUCGUGAAGGCGCUCCCUAGCAAGGCCAUCUGGCUGAAGUUAAAGCCAUCUGACACGAUCGGCAAUGUGAAGGCAAUGAUUCAGGACCAGCAGAGGCUCUUCUUUGAUGGCAAGCAGCUUGAGGAUGGGCGGACACUUGCCGAUUACAAUGUCCAGAAAGAGUCAACCCUGCACCUUGACUUUGUACUGCAGAUUUUUGUGAAGGCUUUCACUGGCCAGACCAUUACUCUCGAGAAUUUCAGCUUGAAAAACCCAAAUUAG